GGGGGUGACGCAGCGCCACGAAUGUCCCCGCAGCGUGAGUGCAUCUCCAUCCACGUGGGCCAAGCGGGCGUGCAGAUCGGCAAUGCGUGCUGGGAGCUGUACUGCCUGGAGCACGGCAUCCAGCCCGACGGGCAGAUGCCCAGCGACAAGACCAUCGGCGGGGGGGACGACUCCUUCAACACCUUCUUCAGUGAGACGGGGGCCGGCAAGCACGUGCCCCGGGCUGUCUUCGUGGACCUGGAGCCCACGGUGAUCGACGAGGUGCGCACGGGGACGUACCGGCAGCUCUUCCACCCCGAGCAGCUGAUCACGGGCAAGGAGGAUGCGGCCAACAACUAUGCGCGGGGGCACUACACCAUCGGCAAGGAGAUCAUCGACCUGGUGCUCGACCGCAUCCGCAAGCUGGUAGGGCUGGGGCGGGUGUGCGGGGGGCUCCAGUGGGUGGUGAGAUGAGGACGGAGGCUCUGG